AUGGUUAAAUUGACAUGUGUAGUAAUAUAUCUUUUUCGUUUGCCCCUUUGCGGCCGUAUCUCACCCAAAAAGACGCCGUACAUCGAGGUCGAGUUCCGUGACGCAAGCCCGAAGAAGCGCAUCAAGCGCAACCUGUCGAUCAACUGCGACCCGAAUGCGAACGAGACGCGCUGCUGCCGGUAUCCGCUGACGGUGGACUUUGAGCUCUUCGGCUGGGACUGGAUCAUCGCACCGAAGCGCUACGAGGCGUCGUACUGCGCCGGCGAGUGCAUGCUCAGCUUCCUGCCCAAGUACGAGCAUACGCACGUGAUGCAGCUGAGCACGUCCGCCAUCCCGUGCUGCUCGCCGAAGAAGAUGAAAUCGAUCAAGCUGCUGUACUUCGACAUGAGCUACAACGUGAUCUACAGCAUCAUCCCGAACAUGGUGGUUGAAUCGUGCAGCUGCUCCUGAGGGUAACGGGAGAGCGGGCUCGUUGGGAUGCGAAGGACUAGGUGUAAAAUCGUGGAAGAAUAACAGCAAAGCACAACCGAAACAAACAUAAACAAAGCCACUCAUCCUUUACCACUAGAGAAGAGCACCACUGAACGGCUAAGAAGGUUUUUGUAGAAUAUAAGCAAUAGGUAACAGUAAAGAUCACAGAAGCUAACGGAGAGAAUAGAUAAACAUUAACAUGGACAGCAAAACAAAUGCAACACAACAACAGGGACGGGAAAUGGAACGAAUGGAAAUGAGAAAAAAACUAAAACUAUAAUAACUUAAAAUGUGGAGAGAGAAAUUCUAAAAAUUAUUAAUCUUUUUGGAUCUGCUGUCUACCAGACAAAAAUUUUGAAAGGACGUCUUUCAGUGGCAAAAGGGCACCGAUUCGGAUACGUGCCUUCCCUUCUUAAUUGCGCUUUAAAUUCUACUACUUCUACCCUUAGAAGUCUGACGGUCGGUAACAUUUGGAGCUUAAAUAAAUUUUAAUUUAGAUCGAUUAGCAACUAACGAACGACAAAACGUGUACGUAGAAACAAACAAAAAACUCUCUCGGGUUUUGUUUUAGCAACGGGUGAUAGUCGAAAUCAAAAUUGUUAGCAUUACGAAAUUUAUUAGCUGUGCGAAUUGAAACGAAUUUAAACGUAUUUGGAUGUGCGUAAUAGAAGGAAAAAAAUGGAAAUAAACGUAAAAAUUGGCAUUCGGCAAACGGCAGUCAGAAAAUAAAGGAAAUUACUCUCGGUAGAAAGCAACAAAAAAACAAUGUGGGAAAUAUGGCAAUUGUGAUAAAUAGAAGAUUAAAAAGAAAGACGAACAAAUACAUAAGAAAGUAUAAACAAAACAAUCGAAGGGAUCUGGUGCCUAGCAAAACACAAAUUAAUCUCAAUUAAGACGAUAUUUGUAUAACACUUUUAAAUUAAUAUGGUGAGCGUUUGUUUUACAUUAUUUCUUCCGUAGCGUUCCUUCCAUUGGCGAAGGAAACUUGGACGAUGCAAUUAAAUGCAAUGUUAAUAGCAUCGUCUUCUGUAAUGCAUGUAAGGUAACAGUGAAAGUGGAAAAAAUAUAUAUGCACAUCGCGUC